AUGAUAAACUCUUCUAAGAAGUUAAAGAGUAUCUCUGGCUAUCUUCCUAUAUCUUUAUGGGCAUCUGAAUCACACUCAAGCCAUGAGAACAGUACUAGCAUUGCAAUAAUUGGAGAUAAAAAUGGAAGAAUUUUUUGUACCAAAUGUUUCUAUGACAAAUUUGAAAUGUCCCCACCUACAUCUUUGUUUCAUGCUUGUGAAGAUCUUUUACUUUUACUAAAGUAUGAAAAACGUAACUUAGCAAUAAAAUUGUUAGUAGACAAUAUGCUUGAGUAUGAAAAUGGAGUAUUAUUAAUAAAUGAAAUUUCUAUAACAAAAGAUCAAAGUUUAACUGAUGGACUUAUUAUCUUAUUAAUUACAAUUUUGAAUAAGCACUUCUCUCUAGCCGAUAAUAAUAGUAGGCUAACAGUUAGAGAGACAAUAUUAUGUUCAAUAUUUAGAAUGCAUAUUAUUGGUACUAGUGCUAUGACUUCAAUAUUAAAAUUUCUGAGUACAUUGAUUAAUGAUAAAAUAUCUGUAUAUGCAAAUUUUAUGAUGGAAGGAAUUAUAGAAGAUAACUUUAGACUGCAAAAACUGAAAGAGCUUGUUAAUCACUUAGAUAAGAAAACAUUGCAAUAUACUAUUAUAACAUUGAUAAGAUUACUUGAGUAUAAACCUGAAUUUGUUAUUCAAGAUAUUAUUAAUACAUGUGAACUAUCUAUUUCCAAAGUAUUUUUGGAGUUAUCUGAUGAUCCAACUCAGUUUAAAAUAUUAUUAGACUUUUACUUAUAUAUUUUUGCAAACCACAAAGAAUGUUUUUACAGUUUAAUUUUUCACACCUCUAGAGAAUGUUUAUUUAAUAUUUUGAAUGGAAUUUCAAAUGCAAUGGUUAAUACAAAAUUUAUUGAAGUUUUCAAUGAGUUAACAGAUAACAGCUAUAUCAACUUUUUACCAAAUAAUCAAAACAAUGAGACUAAAGACAUGCUUAAUACUAAUUCAGAUAAAGUGUUAGUGUCUAGCAAGAAUUUAAAAAAUAAAGAACAGUUUAUUUUUUCUUUGUUAUAUUUCUUUAGAAUUUUGGUGAUAUUUUACAAUGAAAAUAAGGAAGAUAGUCAAAAUGAAACUUGUAUGUCUAACAUUAUUGAUGAGUGCAAAAGGAGUCGGUGGUUACUUGGAACUGAGUUUGGAAAUUUUUUAAAUAAGUUCAUAGAAUCAAUAGUAGAGAUUCUUAAGAGCUCAAGGAAUAUUGAUAAUAAAUAUUCUGCGUUAAAAUGUAUUUUAGAUAUAUUCACAUCACCAAAAUGCAUUGAAUUUUUUGAUAGUAAUUUAUGUUAUAAACAAAAUCAAAUAAUGGAAAUACAUAAUAUAUCUUCUUUAAAAGAUGAUCCAAGUAAUAUACCUAUAUUAAAAGGAAAAAGUACUAAGAGGAUAACCUUUAAAAGAACUAGAAUAGAUGAUACUAAUCAAAUAAUCAAGCAUAUUUCAAAUGAUACAACUCAAGUUAAAGAAGAGUAUUGUAUUCACCAAUUUUUUUAUUUUAAGCAUGGAUCUUAUACUAUAGAUGUUUUACUGGAAAUUCUAAGUAGUGAAAUACAAAACAAAGGUGUUAAUGAUAAGUUAUAUGCAAAUGUCAAUUUAUUUCAAAUAAGUGAGAGCUCUCAAAAUAAAUUAAGAGAAAAUGGUUAUACAAUUUUAAAUAUGACUAUGGAAUGCAUAUAUCGGAUCUUGCGUGUUAAUGUACCUACUCAUUCAUGUCCAAGAUAUCUAUAUGUUCUUAGUUGGUUUAUUUCCUGCUUAUUAAAAAAGGAUAUUGGAUGUCAACCACCAUUACCAUUAUUUGGUUUAUCAAGUAUUGAAUUAAUUAUGCAAACAUCUGGAGCUGAGGAACCAUUGGAAAAUGCACUUAUUAAUAUUAUUGACUUAUUUCACUCAGAUACAAAUAAUUUAAAUAAAAGUAUACCUGAAUUAGUUAUUCCAAAGAAUAAUGAAAAUAUUAUUAAACUCUGCAAUUAUAUGGUAAGAACUGUGAAAGUUAUGUCCAUUAGACUAAGUGAAAUGACUAAUAAAUCUACAGUAAGUGAUAUAGAUAUUUGGAGAUAUAACAGCACUAUCCAUAACAAAAUUAGACUAAUAGAGUACUUCACAUAUGUUAUUAUUACUAUUUCUGGUAUAAUAUAUUACAAGGGAUUUAAUCUUGUUGACUUUAUGUACUCAUCAAACCUAAUAUUUGAAUUCUACUCAAGACAACUGAGUAGUAAGGAACAGGUAAUUUUGGAUGUAUGCCAACUUUUAAUAGCAAAAAGUAUGUUAGAGAUGAGAAGAAAAUCUAAUCUCUUAGAUAAGGAUGAAAUAAUACAAUUAGAUAACCUUUCAUAUGAUGAAGAUAUUAAGAUAAAUUUAGAAUAUACAACUAAUAAUGAUUUAUUCUCACUUGUAUUAAAGUUAAGUAAUAAUUUAAAAAGCCGACUACCUAAUGAAAAAGACCAAAGGAUAUCUAAUAUAUGCAAAAGUAUACUGAAAGAUACUGAAUCACUGAUAUAUAAUGAAGAGGGUGCAAAAGUUGUUUUUAGAUGGCUUAAUAGACCUAGCCAAAUAAAUGAAAAAGAUAUGGAAAUGUCACGAAUGAGUUAUAAAUGGAUUUCAAAUAUUGCAAAACAUCUGCUAGAACCACUUCUGACUGAAAGAGAGAUACAAGAAAGACUACAAUUUGUAACAAAAAGUAAAAUUUAUGCUUCAUUAACUUUAAAUGAGACUGUAUCUAGUGAUACAAUUUCAAUUAUUAUAUCUCUACUUUAUUUUUGUUAUAUUUUUUAUCCAGAUCAGAUAAAGUGCUUUAUUAGCAAAUAUUUAAAAGAAAGUGAUGUAAAAAAUAUGAAUUAUAACUGUUUCAACUUUAUUCAAAAUGAUACUUUUAAUUUAGAUGGUAUAGAUGGAAGGAACAUUCGAAUGCUUCCACCAAGAGUAGUUAUGUACUAUUCAUAUAUUUUAACUGAACAAUCUACUAGACAAGUAAAUUUUGAACAAAAUAAUAUUAUUCAAGUCACCGAUAUACAUUUAUGUGGAAAUGGUACAAAUAAUUUGACAAAUAUUACUAAUAAUAUAGAACAAGAAAUUCUAGGUCAUUUAUUUUCAAUUCUAGUUCACAGUACAAUUAGAAGAAAAGAAUGGCUUACUUGGCACUCAGAAAAAUUUGGUCACUGCAGAAAUUUCUGUUAUUCUCUAAUGAAUUUAUCACUGAUUGCCGAAAAUUAUAUUAGUGAUAUUCAAAACUAUGAAGUAAAUAUAUAUUACUCAUUUUAUAACUGGGUAAUCCAAAGAUCGCUAGAAUAUUAUAGAUACCAAAUUUUUACUUGUAGAUUUAAUUGUCAUAUAUCACCAAUAAUAGCAUAUGGAAUAUCAAAAUGUAAAAUAUUUUUUAAAUACUUAAUUUAUAGCAUUACAAAUCUCAAAUUGUCUUGUGAUAAAAAAGAAGCAAACAUCUCUGAUUUUUGCAAGACGAAUUUUAGUAUCCAAGAUGAACAAGAUAUUAUUGAUGAAAAAUUAGUCCAAACAAGUCUCCUAUUAUUUGGAAUAAGAAAGUCUAUCGAAAUAAAUGCAAUAAAAAGCAUUAUCAAUUUAAGUGAAUUGAUAAAUCCAUUUUUACAAUUAUUAUUGGAUAAAAACUCUGGUCGAUUGCAUGCAGUAUCUCCAAAAAUUCAAAUAGUGAUCAUAAAUACAUUUCUCACCCUUAUGGAAAUAAUUUGUGAAGCUUUAGAUCUAUGGCUCGAUAAAUGUAAUUCAAAUGUAGUCUUGCUCUUUUCUUUUAUUCACCAGUUUACACUAUGGUAA